CAUCAGGUCGUGAUAAGACUGGACAAUCACUUCGUUGCCGCCAGUGCGUCGGGAUCGUGGUGAUACCUGCCUUCCACUCAGAUAUCCCACCACGCUGGAAUCCAGCUUUCUCGUCCCGUUUCGACUUCCAAUUGCCGACCAGUGAGGAUUCGCAGGACACGCACUGCCCGCUAUGAGCAGGUAGCGAAGCGAGAGGACAUCCAGGGCCGCUCCCGAACCCUUGUUUGCUUUGACGAGGACCUCGUCACCCCAAGAUCCCACCUUUGAGUGCACACAAUGGCGACUCAACAGAAAGCCCGCCGACACAAUGAACAGGUGGUCGAUCAGGUGCCAAAACGCUUCAAGGCGCUCAAAUUCGGCAUUCAGUCGCACCAAGAUAUCGUAAGCCAGGGCGUUCUCGAGGUCUCGGAUAACCUGCUCUACGAUGUCGAGAACCGGCGAACGGCGUUUCCCCAUGGCCCGCUCGAUCCGCGGCUGGGAACGUCGAGCACGAAUCGAGAAAACAAAUGCAGCACGUGCCACCUUGGACUUCAAGAGUGCCCUGGUCAUUUCGGCCACGUUCGAUUACCGCUGCCGGUCUUCCACAUCGGUUAUCUCAAAUACAUCCAGGCGACGCUGCAAAACAUUUGCAAGGACUGCGCCAGGGUCCUCCUGCAGGAGCCCGAACGGCGCCAGUUUUUGAAGGAGCUGCGCCGUCCCGGCAUUGACAAUCUGCGGCGGUCGGCCAUCCUCAAACGAAUCAACGAGCAGUGCAGGAAGGCGAAGACCUGCCCGUACUGUGGCUCGAUCCAGGGUGUGAUUCGGAAACUUAGCGUCAUGAAGCUUGUCCACGACAAGUAUGCGGCCUACAACAAAUCGACGGCCCAGAAGAAGAUCGCCCCGCAGAGCAAGCUCGAGUUCGAUGCGUCGUUCGAGCAGGCUAAGAAAUACACGCCUGAGCUGGAGAAACACACGCGCAAGGCGAUGGAUGACUUGAACCCGCUCAAAGUCCUGAAUCUCUUCAAGCAAAUCAGCCCGAGCGAUUGCGAGUUCCUCGGACUGGAUCCCGCCGAGGGCCGGCCAGAAAUGUUCCUCUGGCAAUACGUCCCUGCGCCACCAAUCUGCAUCAGACCGUCCGUCGCUCAGGAAAAUGCGAGUAACGAGGACGACAUUACCAGCAAGUUGUCGGAAAUCAUCUUGUAUGCCGGCCAUCUGCGGGAGUCGAUGAAGAAAGGAGUAGCGUUGCCUGUCAUCAUGGAGCAGUGGGAGUUUCUGCAGCUGCAGGUGGGCAUGUACGUCAACAGCGAUGUGCCGGGCCUCUACCAGCCCGGGUUCGGCAAGCCCAUUCGCGGGUUUUGCCAGCGCCUCAAGGGCAAACAGGGCCGAUUCCGUGGCAACCUCUCCGGAAAGCGUGUCGACUUUUCCGGUCGAACGGUCAUCUCGCCUGAUCCCAACCUGAGCAUCGAGCAAGUAGCGGUCCCUCAGCUCGUUGCCAAGAACUUGACAUACCCAGAGCGCGUGAAUCACGCCAACAUUGAGAAGCUGAGGGAGCGUGUCAUCAACGGGCCACACAUCUGGCCCGGAGCCCAGGGCAUCAUCAAGAAAGACGGCUCCAAGUACAACCUCAAGAUCGGCAAGGAGAGUCUCCGAGAGCGGCACGCAGACAACCUGGAAUUCGGCGAUGUCGUUGAGCGCCACCUCGAGGACGACGAUAUUGUUCUGUUCAACCGGCAGCCUUCCUUGCACAAGCUCAGCAUCAUGAGCCAUCUCGUCAAGGUCCGGCCCUGGAGGACGUUCCGUCUCAACGAGUGUGUCUGCACCCCGUACAACGCUGAUUUCGAUGGCGACGAGAUGAACCUGCACGUCCCGCAGACGGAGGAGGCCCGGGCGGAGGCCAUCAACCUGAUGGGGGUCAAGCACAAUCUUAUUACGCCCAAGAACGGCGAGCCCAUCAUUGCUGCCACGCAGGAUUUCAUCACGGCAGCAUUCCUGCUAAGUAGCAAGGACCGCUUCUUCGACCGGACGACGUUCACCUACAUCUGCACCCAGAUGCUCCUGGGUGACACAUACCUCGAGCUCCCCCCGCCCGCCAUCAUCAAGCCAAGGGCGCUCUGGACGGGCAAGCAAAUUUUCAACGUCAUGAUGCGGCCCAACAAAGAAUCCCCAGUCCUUGUGAACCUCGACGCGAAAAACAAAGCUUUCCAGAAGAAACAGGACGGCGAGAUUCCAGACAUGGACAUUGACGACGCCUUCCUGGUCGUCCGCAACUCGGAAGUCAUGUGCGGGAGGAUGGACAAGUCGACGGUCGGAGGCGGCAAGAAAAACUCGGUCUUCUACGUGAUCCUUCGAGAUUUUGGACCGGAAUAUGCUGCUGCUGCCAUGAAUCGCCUGGCCAAGCUCAGCGCCAGAACCUUGACCCUGCGCGGCUUCUCCAUCGGCGUCGGCGACGUGUGGCCAUCUGAUUCUUUGACGGCUCACAAGGCGAGCCUCGUAGAGGACGCAUAUAAGAAGUGCGACGACCUCAUCGAGACCUACAGGCAAGGCAAACUCGAAAAGGCCCCGGGCUGCAACCUCGAGGAGACUCUCGAAAACAUCAUCUCGGGUAUUCUCAGCAAAGUCCGACAGCAGGCGGGCAACUACUGCGUCGACAACCUGAGCAAGAACAAUGCGCCCCUGAUCAUGGCCAAGUCGGGUUCCAAGGGCUCCGAGAUCAACGUCGCCCAGAUGGUUGCUUGCGUCGGUCAGCAGAUUAUCUCGGGCAAGCGUGUGCCAGAUGGGUUCCAGGACCGCAGUCUGCCGCACUUCCACAAGAAUGCGCGCCAGCCUCCCUCCAAGGGCUUCGUCCGGAACAGCUUCUACACCGGGCUCGUCCCGACCGAGUUCCUCUUCCACGCCAUCUCCGGCAGAGAGGGUCUCGUCGAUACAGCCGUCAAGACGGCUGAGACGGGCUACAUGUCUCGACGGCUGAUGAAGUCGCUGGAAGACCUCUCAGCGCAGUACGACGACACGGUCCGUACGUCGGAGGGCGGAAUCGUGCAGUUCCAGUAUGGCGCGGACAGGCUGGAUCCCGUCGACAUGGAAGGCGAUGCGAAGCCUGUCGACUUCGCCAGGACUUGGAAUCACGCGCAAAGCAUCACGUGGAGCAACUCGGAACCUUCACUGCUGCCAUGGGAGGUCCAAGAACUGUGUAAAACCAUCCUCGACGCAGAGAGGAAGAAGUACGUCAGGCGACACCUCGUCACGAACGAGGAGAUCAAGUACGACGACGACACGAUUCGCCAGAGCAUGGACCAUGACGUCCUAAUUGCCAUUGAUGAACACGAGAGCGUGCGGGUUUUCCUCAAUACGAUCCACGACUACGUGAGAGAACGAGCUUUGAAGCUGGCAAAGGCACGCAAAGCAGUUGGGCUGGAUCCGUGCAUUCCGCCAACCGACCAGAGGAUGCGAGAGGCGAUUGACAAGUGGGAGCCGGCGACCAAGGGCGGCUCGGAAACGGGGAUGCACGCGCUUGGCGAGCCGCGCGAUCCGUCCGAGUACGUCCUCAAGGAUCUACGGCGAAAGGUCGAUGGCGAGGAUGAGUUUGGUGACGCAGCUCGAGCCAAGGCACAGGCGCACGUCGACCGGGUGGCCAAGGUGUCGGAACGUACACUGCGAACAUUUAUCCAGAUGUGCCUCCACAAGUACAGGAGGGCGCGGGUCGAGCCGGGUCAUGCCGUGGGAGCGGUGGGGGCGCAGUCGAUCGGCGAGCCGGGCACUCAGAUGACACUGAAGACGUUCCACUUUGCGGGUGUCGCGGGUAUGAGCAUCACGCAGGGUGUACCCCGUAUCAAGGAAAUCAUCAACGCAUCCAAGCUCAUUAGCACGCCCGUCAUCACGUGCAAGCUGGAGAACAAGUGGGACAUCAAGGCGGCGCGCGUGGUCAAGGGGAGGAUCGAAAAGACAUACAUCUCGGAUGUCAUCUCGUACAUUGAUGACGAGUGGCUUCCGGACGUGGCCAAGAUCGUGCUGCAAGUCGACGUCCAGGCCUUGUCCGACAUGCAGCUCGGCAUCACGACAAAAGAUAUCGCGGAUGCCAUCGUCCGGGCCAAGAAGCUGAAGCUCAAGGUGGAGCCAGAAGACCUCAGGAUCAGCGCCAACCGCGUCGAGGUGGUUGUGCGCAACACGUGGCAGGAUGUCACGGCAGCCCGGAAGGCGGCGCGGGCCCGGGCCGCGGCCAUCGAAAAGGGGCAGCACGUGUCCAGCGCGACGGACGAAUCGGCCGCCGACUUCCAGCUGCGGGUCAACUUCCUCAAGCGCAUGCUGCCGCACGUGGCCAUCUCGGGCUACCCGGAGGCGGCGCGGGCGAUCAUCCAGACGAGCGACGCGAACGAACACGAGGUGCUGGUCGAAGGGUACGGGCUCCGGGCGUGCAUGACGACGGAGGGGGUGAUCGGCACGCAGUGCGUGACCAACUCGGUCAUGGAGUGCCGCGACGUGCUGGGCAUCGAGGCGGCGCGCACGACGAUCGCCAAGGAGAUCGGCCAGGUCAUGUCCAGCAUGAGCAUCGACCCGCGCCACAUGGAGCUGCUGGCCGACGUGAUGACGUACAAGGGCGAGGUCCUGGGCAUCACGCGGUUCGGGCUGGCCAAGAUGCGCGACAGCGUCCUGCAGCUGGCCUCGUUCGAGAAGACGCCGGACCACCUGUUCGACGCGGCCGCGGGCAUGAAGAAGGACCGCAUCCAGGGCGUCAGCGAGUGCAUCAUCAUGGGGCAGACCAUGUCCAUCGGCACCGGCGCGUUCCAGGUCGUGCGCAGGCUGGGCAUCAGGGACCACCAGAUCGCCCGCCGGCCGACGCUGUUCGAGGACGCAUGGAAGAAGGACGAGGCCGCCAAGCGGAAGCUGAGGUUGGCGAAGCGGAGGAGCGGGCCGGAACAGGCCGGGAUGGUAGCUGUGGCUGGUUAAUGCCGGGUGGGGCUCCCAGGUUUUGGGUAGUGUAGAGGAAAGGAGCAAUCAUCGGAGCAGGGGUCCAGGUGCGAAUGUUAGAAUUGAAUUACAGCGAAGUCCAAGUCUCCGUCUCCGUCCCGGUGGUCUCGAUGGACUGUGGCCUUCUUCUGAGCAUGAAUAGACCGCUCGCAGUCAACAAGUACCUUGGCUAGCAUUCUACAUGAAUGUUUGAGAAACGGUUGGCGCAUCCGCUCUUCGGCAUGCCGGGAGGGAAGAUGAGCACGGUCAACGCUUGCCGCGAUGUCGAGUCGGGCCAGUCCAGGGGUAUCACGUGAUCUGGCGCUCCCUUGUCGCGUCG